UUGACGUUUAGGCAUGGCGGGAUAGUCAUGUCGUUUGCUUUUAUGAAUUUAAUAAUUCAUUUUAGCCGCUUUAUCGGUAUUCAGAUAAGUUUUAUGUAAGGGGAAUUGUACAUUCCGUAGCCUCGGAUUUUAAUAGUGCUCUUUCGAAGCGCAAACGAUUGUAAUGCCGCCGCUCUCAGGAGGAUUCGGUGAACAGAUUGAGGAUUAUGAAGUACUGAAUUUACUUGGAAAGGGUGGAUUUGCCAGUGUUUACAGAGCAAAAUGUCUUCGAAGUGGAAUAGAAGUGGCGAUCAAAAUGAUCGACAAGAAACUCAUGAAAGCUGCUGGGAUGGUGGGACGCGUUCAUCAGGAAGUCGCUAUUCAUUCACGUUUGAAACAUCCAGCUGUGUUAGAGUUAUAUACUUUCUUUGAAGAUACUAAUUAUGUAUACUUGGUAUUAGAAUUGUGCCACAAUGGUGAGCUGCAGCGGUUUCUCAAAAUGCAGAAAUCCCGUACUCUAUCUGAAGAGCAUGCUGGCCGUAUCAUUAGACAAGUUGUACAAGGCUUAUUGUAUUUACAUUCGCAUCAAAUACUUCACAGGGAUAUGUCCCUUUCAAACUUAUUAUUAACUAGGGACAUGCAGGUGAAAAUAGCAGAUUUUGGUUUAGCUACACAAUUAACAAGACCCGAUGAGAAACAUUUGACUAUGUGCGGCACACCAAAUUAUAUUUCUCCUGAGGUUGCAACAAGAUCCUCUCACGGAUUGGAGGCGGAUGUGUGGAGUUUGGGAUGCAUGCUAUACACUCUUCUAGUGGGCAAACCACCCUUCGACACAGAUGCUGUUAAAAGCACAUUGACACGAGUAGUCAUGGCUGAUUAUAUGAUGCCAUCACACUUAUCCGAGAAUGCAAAGGAUCUUAUUGAUAGAUUAUUGAAAAAGAAUCCACGUGAUCGCAUUCAAUUGAGAGACAUUUCAAAGCAUCCAUUCGUUGUAACACUGGAGAGAUCACGAUCAGUUAAGGGAAAAUCUGGUAUGGCCAGAGGAUUGUCAAGUGUAGAUGGUAUGACGGAUUCCGGAGUAGGGCGAACAUUGUCGUCCUGUGGAAAGGGGCGAAUUCGCUCACGUUCCGAGGAGAGAAUGUCCACAGUUCAUGUAUUGACAAAUGUUCUUGGUCCGACAGUCAGUGCCAGGAGUGAUCCUUACUCUGAAUCCGUAACAAGGUCGCAAUCUUCCCAUAGAGCAAAACCACCAGAUUACUACCCUAAUGAAAAUUCUGUAUUGGCUGGAAUUCCUCAACCUUUACGAAGUAAAGUGUUCUCGCAGUGCGAGCAGCACAGCGGCUAUGCUGUACAUGAGGACGAGGAUAAGCAUAGAAGUCAACGACAACAUCCACGAGAGCGCACUAAUGAUAACGGCAUCGAAUCCAGUGACACUGGAAACAAACUUUCGGUACCACCUUUGAAUUCUGAAAGACUUCAGCCUACAAGACAUCGUACUAAGAAUGCAGUUCUUACUAUACUGGAUAACGGAGAAAUCUGCAUUGAAUUUAUUAAGAAGCGAAAUGGAGGUGAGAGAGUGGGUGAAGUCUGUCGCAUAUCCGGUGAUGGCUUGAGAAUAAUUCUUUAUCGACCUGCAGACAGUACUGAAGUAGGUUCACAACCACUUCCACUUCCUUCGCGUGGUGCUGAUAGCAUUCACUCGUAUGAGAGUCUUCCUCAUCGUCAUCAUCGCAAAUACUUGUAUGCUGCACGGUUUGUUAAACUUGUCAGAGCCAAAACACCAAAACUUACUCUUUACACGGUACGCGCCAAAUGUCUGUACAUGGAAAACGGACCACAGCCUGAUUGUGAAAUGCACUUUUAUGAUGGAGUAAAGCUCGUCCGCGUAGAUGGUGUUGUCAGGAUAACGGAAAGGGACGGUGCACCAACAUAUGUAGAAGGUGAAUUCCCAUCCGAUCUGGAGGAAUAUCAUGAACAUUAUUCAGAGUGUUAUCAACGGUGCUUGCUACUGGAUUCCACGCUAACAUCCCUGGGGGUGGCUACAGGAUAUUCUUGUUUUCCUGCGAUAAUCGGACGAAGACCUACCUCGGCUUUGAAUGAUACACCUACCAUACAAGGGAAAGAAAACGUUUCUCGCGGUAAUCCUAGUCCACCUGUAAUGCCUUCAUUUGAAGCUACUUGCUCUGUUGUCUCCACAGUAGCGUCGCAUUCCAGAAGAUUAAAUUCCGUUCGCAUUUCUAACUGUAAUACCAAUAAAGUAACGGUUCCUGGGGUUGGAGUGGCUAGUCAUCUUCCUUCUGGUGAUGUUCGUGUCGAUUACAAGGAUGGCACAACACUCACGAUAAGCCCUCAGAGUUCGGGUGGUGGAAUUAUGUUUGAAAGCUCUAAUGGUGUGACGAAGUAUAAUCAGAAUUAUCAACAAAAUUCUGAAGUGCCAUACAUAGUGAGAGAGAAGCUACGACAUCUACCGACUGUUAUUAAGUAUCUCGUACAACCUAAAACUAAGAAUAUACGAUAGUCUCUUAAAACUGGCACUGUCACAGCCGAAUAUUCCUGUACAGUAAUUUUAAUCUGCCCCAAUGAUGCUAAUGACAAGAACAGAAAGCAUUUAUAGGUAUACAUUUAUUAGAUUUAUAACGGUAUGUGGAAUUAUAGAGUAGAUUAUUUUCUAUAAGUACAAUAAAGGGAUACCUAUGAUACUUGUUGUUCACUGAACUUUUAUCUAUGACAAGUUGUACUAUUAAAUCGUUUUUAUAAUCAUGAAAUCGACUCAAUAAAGUGAUCAUUUUUAAA